GGUGCGAACCUUCUGGAAUGAUACUACCUCAGAAAGGUCCAGAGCACUGUGGGGCAGGUGGCAGCCAUGGCUUCUGGGGUGCCUACCUCUCUGCAGCGACAGCGGUAUCGCCACCGGUGUGCCAGAGGCCGUGCCUGUGUUACCCCUGAUCUGCCUCCUCCCUGGGAGCCCUACAAAAAAAGACCAAGCCCCAGGGCUCAGCUGACAGUCACUGCUCAGCUGUGUGAGGCCAUGACCCUGCGAGCUGUCUUGUUCCUGAUCGCCGUGCUGACCGCCUUAUUCUGCCAACACGUCUCCAAGCACAAGCCCACCUCCCAGCUGGGCGGGGUGAUGCGGAGGAUGAGGCUGACACACCACCCGGGGAGAUACCUGGACAACACGUGGAAGGUCCCUCUUCGUGCACAGGAGGGGGAAGGCUCAGGCCAGGUGAUCCAGCGUGUCCGUCGCUCCUGGCUGGCGGACUACCUGGGCGACGUGUGGUUUCACUUCUCGGAGAGCUUCCCCAUCGCCGUCCUGUACAUCUUCCCCGUCACCGUGCUGAUCCUGCUCUUCCUCUGCUGCUUCACGUACGUGUGCACGUUGCACACCCCCUGGUGCUCCCGUUCUCAGUGCCCGCUGUCCCAGUACAAGGCAGCAGGGAGGAGCUGCUCCUUGGGCUCCUCGUGUUUUUUAGGGUAGGUAUGGAGUGAGGCGACCUGGAGGACUCUGAGAGAAGCAGCGUGGCUACACUGAGAGAGAUUCUGGUGCCUCGAUGGAGCUCAGCUCAGAGAAGCCUCCGAAACUCCAGGAGCCCCGAAGCGGUGUGGAAGGGCCAGGAGCAGAACCACCUUUCUCUUCCUUUCAGAUGAUUUUAAAGAUUCUCCCGGACAGAAUCUGCCACCCCCAAAUGAAGUUCAGACUUCACCUGA